CCCUUUCCUGUCAAAGAUGGCGGCGACCUUGUGUGUACGGUUGCUACCUAAACAGGGGUGGCUGCCUCUGACACAGAGUGUCCGGCACGGCUCCAAAUCGGUGACCCGACACAGGAAACCCAUCCACUUGCUCAAACAGAAGCUCCUGGCCGUCACAAAGUACGUCCCUCCUCCACGGGCGGCUCCUCUGGGCGCGUAUCCGUCCGAAAGCCAAAAGGUUCAAGAGGAUAGCGGUUUGCUGUUGAUCCUGAAGAAUGAUUUGAAAAGUGUUUUCCGGGACAACAAAAUGAUCGCCGUGGUCCAGAACAACAGCAGCAGCGCCGAGGACAUGAUGACCCUAAAGCACCGGCUUUUUAAACACGGCAUCCGGGUCAAGUUCUUCCCCAACGAAGUGACGCGAUCGUUCCUCAGCGACUCUGUUUACAGCAGCAUGACUCCUCUGUUCAUCGGCCCGACCGUUCUGCUGGUCAGUAAAGAGCCGAAGGUGAAGGAGAUGCUGUCCGCUCUGAGGGCCAGCCCGCAGAUUACUCUCCUGGGAGGCUGCGUGGACGACACCCUGCUGAGCGUCCAGGGCCUCGUCGGCUUCUCCAAGUUGCCCUCGGUGACGGUGGUCCAGGGCCAGCUGGUCAGCGGGCUGACCGUGCUCACCUCCCGCACGGCCGCCAUGUUGGGGCACCACCCGGCACGCCUGUCCCUCCUCCUGCAGCAGCACGUCAGGCAGCAGAGCCCCGAGGAGGCCCCCCCCCCUCCCCAGCAGGCCACAUAGGCCAACCCCCCCCCCACUCAGAGCCAAAAACCAUCUGGAGGCACGCUGCGUUUUUAGUCUGGUUUCCAGCUGACUGUCCACAGAAAAAGCUUCAUCUGGAACACACAAAGAGGAUCUGGGAUCUGCCGGGGGGGGGGGGGGGUAACUUUUACUGCCCCCCCCAGCCUCACAGUGGACUCAUUACAGGGACAGUCCUGCAGAAAUGUCAUUUCCACCAUUUAUUUAAAGUCAAUUUUCACGUGUGAAUAAAAUCCCGU